GUCGAAGGUCGGAGCGCGCUGGCGCUACAUAAAGCCCUUUAGGCGCUACCCCGGAGGCCAAGGGACUGCAUCAUUGAAAUAGUCUUUUUGCAGAUUUGCGGGCGGACAUUCUCGCAGUUCAUUCGUUUCGCCGUCGGGUUCUUGAAUUUUCAAUUCUUCUUUUUCCUCCUUUCUGCGAUCCGGAAGGAUCGGCUCGCGCAACGCUAUGGCCGGUUGCACCGCAGCGCUCGCUCCUGUCGUAGUCCCUGCAACUCUAUCUUCCGGUUAUGCCUUGAGGGCGUCUCCCGUCCAGUGUACCCCAAUUCUUCCGGCCGCGAGUCGCGUGCACAGAUGCGUGUCGACGCGAGCGAGUCUUUCCGAGGAGCAAAGAUUCACGAGGAGGAACGUUCUUGCGACCGUGCUGGGGGCUGGAGCUGCUCUGGGGUUUGCUGGUCAGGCACUUGCUGCAAACCCUGGGUCUUUGGCGAGACAAAGGAAGGUAGAGAAGCCUGAGAAGCCUGAGUCAAAGAAGUCAGAGGAAGCGAACAGCCCUGUCAUUGAAGUUGAGGCCCCAAAGGCGAGCCCUCCUGAAGUGCCUACCUCUCCCGAGGUCUCCAAGUCCCCAGAGGUUUCUAGCUUAUCCGAGGCUCGCAACCUUCCAGACGUGCCCAGCGUUUCUGAGCCUCCAAGUAUUCCAAAUAUGCCAACCCUCCCUGAACUCCCCAGCCUUCCAGAGGUUCCUAGCAUGCCGGAAUUGCCGACCAUUCCUGAGAUUCCAUCUCCCGCUCCCCAGGCAGAGGUCCCGAGCUACGCGGACGAUUUCGACAUUGGGCAGUACUUUAAAGACCUGUUCUAACUGAUUGCAGAAAAACUGAGAUCGCUGAGAAAUCGGUUGCGCCACUCGUAAGCGGAUAUGAUUACCAGCAUUUAGCCAAUUGCGAACGAGUUCGAUCCCGAGUUUAGGGAAGUUUUGCAUAUCUGCGCUGAAGGGUGGAAGACCAUUCAUUUUCUCUGCCUGGGAAGAACUUAGGGUAGCUUGUUGCUUAAAAACUUUUGGAUAGAUCAAUUUGUCCGGCUGAAUACAGCGUGUGUACCAGCGUGGUCUCUUGGAGCUAAAGGAUGACGCCAAACUCUCGAUGAAUAUCUUCUCUGUUUAUACUUCACAUCAGUGCGACUGUGCCAACGAGUAAAAUCUGACACCAACUAGCAAUCUUGUGAAAAACGGCUCACUUCACGAGCUCAUUUUCCAGGGAGUGAAUGAGAGGUGCAUUCAUUAGCGUUUCGCAUCUUCAGUGACUGGACGCUGUCCCAACCGAUUGUAACGUGAUUGUAAAGUAAGUUCGGGAUUCAAUAUGGAGCGAAGUGUAGCGUGAAUAAAGGGCUUGAGCUCAUUUUGAUCGUCGCUAGUCUACGGCAAAUAAUGGCUGUCAACUCGAACUCAAUCGAUUUGGAUAGAGUUGAACAGAUGAUGAAGUAGACCUGUCAACGGUGAAGACAUGACAUGCAGGCUUAACUGUAUAGAUAACGAAUUGUUCGUAGACUUGCAGUUGAUGUAGUGAACACUUGUUAUAUAUUCUCCGUUCUCCGUGUACACAAGCAGCUUUAGUUCUUUUCAACCGGUUUUUCCAUAGAAGAUAGGAACAUUUUGAGACUGUUGUGGAUGACUUACCAAAGAGUAUGAAGGCCCAGACUUUUACUAUGUCUACUG